GGCCCUAUGGAGCAGCAGCAACAACAGCUGAGAAACGUGCGAGACUUCCUGUUGGUCUACAAUCGGAUGACUGAGCUCUGCUUCCAGCGCUGUGUGCCUCUACACCACCGAGCUCUGGAUGCUGGAGAGGCCUGUCUGCACAGCUGUGCCGAGAAGCUGAUCCUUUCCCACCACCGCCUCAUGGCCACUUCUGUGCAGCUUAUGCCUGCCUUGGUACAGCGUCACACUGCAGACGAGGCUGCCUUGGUUGCACCAGGCGGUACCGAAGAACAGCCCAAAGUCUCACCGUCGGGCAGCUGGCCUUCCAGUCUCAUGAAGGGAGGUGCCAGAUGGACCCUCAAAUUGAAGGCCCCAGUGGACCUUGAGCUUGGUUGA